UUUUUUUGAAGAAAAAUUACUGUUUCAGACUUGAUUAACAAAACAGAAAGUCUUGUCUAUUCUUAUUUAGUUUGUUUCACAAAAUGGCAAGUCGUGGUAGAGGUGGCAGGGUUCCGUUUGACAAAAAAGCUGGGUUUAGAAAUCAAAGUCAGCAAUCGAAAGAAGCUGUGUUUGAUACUCUGUUGAAACAGGCAAGACAAAGUGGACAAUUAAAUUUAUCUGGACGCGGCCUCUCUGAAGUGCCUCAAAAAGUGUGGAGAAUAAAUAUAGAUGUACCAGAAGAAGCUAGGAAUAUAUCAUUAGAUAACACAGAGGAUAGAUGGUGGGAACAAGUAGAUUUAACUAAGUUAAUUUUAGCUUCAAAUACAUUAACAACCAUACCUAAUGAUAUCAGUAACUUUCCAGCUUUGACAGUUCUUGACAUACAUGACAAUAAGCUUGAAAUUUUACCAACAGCCUUACAAUCAUUAGAAAAUCUUCAAAAACUGGAUGUGAGUCGUAAUAAUUUAAAGACACUACCACCAGCUUUAGGUUAUGUGACAUCUCUAGUCAGUCUUCAUGUAGAAUAUAAUCAACUAUCACAACUUUGUGAUGAAAUAAAGUGUCUACAAAAACUGGAAGAUUUAGAUGUAUCUAACAAUGAAUUGACAAGAUUACCUCAAGCUUUAGGCUAUCUGGUAAAUCUUGUUAAAUUAAAUGUAUCCAACAAUAAAAUUACAGCCUUACCACCUGAGAUCGGAGAUAUGUCGGGAUUAAAAUAUUUUGAUGCAACUCAUAAUCAACUUACUCAGUUGCCACAAGAAUUUGGUAAUCUUCGUCAUUUAGAACUUCUGUAUCUUCGUCAUAAUAGACUAUCUUAUCUACCAAUAUUAGAGAACUGUACCAAUUUGAAAGAACUUCAUUUAGGUAAUAAUAAUAUAAAAGGAAUCACAUCAGAACAUUUAGAACAUUUAACAGCUAUUAAUGUAUUAGAUUUACGUGAUAAUAAACUAUGUCAAAUACCAGAUGAAAUAACACUGUUACAAGACCUACAACGAUUAGAUCUUACUAAUAAUGAUAUAAGUGGAUUACCAUAUUGCAUUGGAAACAUCAAUUCAUUGAAAUCAUUAGUUUUAGAUGGUAACCCCAUGAAAUCUAUUAGAAGAGACAUCAUUAUGAGAGGAACAAUGGAAUUAAAGAAAUAUUUACGCAGUAGAAUAGAGGAACCUGAUCUGGUAACCAAUGGUAACAGUGAGAAACAGGGUAGUAAUACUGGUAUAAUAGGAGGUAGUGAUUCAGGUAGAUCUCAUGAGAUGUAUCAAAUGAAAACAUUAGAUUUUAGUAAGAAACAAGCUACAGAGAUUCCAAGUGAUAUUCUGGAGGCAGCAGAAAAAGCAGAAGUCCAUAAUGUAACUUUACAGAAAAAUAAUUUCAUUGAUCUGCCUUCGAAUUUGAAAUGUUUGUCUGGUUUUCUAACAGAGUUACAUCUAUCUAAUAAUAAAAUAUCUAAUUUAUCUGGUGAAAUUGGAUUAUUUACUAAUUUGAUGUGUUUGGAUCUGGGUGGUAACAUAUUAACAGAUUUACCUGAUCAAAUAUCAAAUCUUACUAAGUUGAGAGAGAUCAUCAUUUCUUGUAACAGGUUCACAAAGAUUCCUGAAGUUAUAUACCAGCUAGUAAAAUUAGAGAUAUUGUUUGCUAAUGAUAAUAAAAUAGAAGUUAUAGAUGUUAAUGGUUUAUCUAGAUUACCUGUCCUAGCCACUCUAGAUUUACAAAAUAAUAGUAUCACACAAGUACCACCAGAACUUGGCAACUGUCCAUUGAAAUCAUUACUGUUACUGGGCAAUAUGAUACGGAAUCCACGACCAGCUAUAUUAUCUAAAGGUACACCGGCCUUGUUAGAACAUCUACGAUCUAGAAUAGUUACUUAAUACAGUCUACUACUGGAUCAAGUCAUCACUUAGUGCUUUUCAUAAAAUUGUAUUAGUGACAGUUGUCAAAUCACUGAAAAUUCGAAUAAUUGUAUGAGUUCUACAAUAAUAUUUCCCCAGUUGUUAUAGACAUCGAUUUUUAACAGAACUUAAAGAUUAUUCAUUACGUCAAAACUUGAAUUAUAUAUACCAGAGUUGUGUUUGUGUUCACUAAGUGCCCUAUAUAUCGCAAGAUUUUUACACUGUACACCAUGCUCAAUGUUCAAUUGCUGCUUUCGUAUGUGAUAUUUACUAAUCAUAUAUUUAUGUUCCAUAGUGCCAUGCAUUUCAGGAAAUAAACUGUUUUCAGUAAU